AUGUCGUCCACGCGAGAGAAGGAGAAACUAGCGGGUGAUGGAACUAGCCAAUCAGAAUGGAUACAGAUCAGAGACAGCUGGACGAAACAGGCUGUCGAAGAUGGUGAUAUCAAAUCCCUAAGGAAGUUAUCUGCUCUACCAGGUGGGUAUGGCGGAAAUGACAUGAGGAAGAAAGCUUGGUCAACAUUGCUCCGAACACAUCUUUUAGCUCGUCAGACUGCACGCAAAAUAAACGGUGAUGAGAGUCCAAGACAGGAAGAGAAUUCGGGCGGAAACAACGACAAAACGGUGGACAAGGGGGAAGAAGAAGAUACGAAAGGACAGCAAGCUGGGCCAUCUAAGCUAAAAGCGCAUCCAAAUGAAAGACAAGUGAAAUUAGAUACAGAUAGAUCUUUCGUGACUUAUCCGAAAGGUAUACCAGCACAAAGUAAAUUAGAACUUCAAGCCGAUCUGAAUGAUCUAAUAGUGGGCGUUCUAAGGAAAUAUCCAGCUUUAAGCUAUUUCCAGGGGUACCACGAUAUUCUUUCAGUACUUUACCUCACUUUCAUCCCUCCCAAACCCAUCCCUCAGAGAUCCAGAUCUUCUUCCAGGAACAGAAUUCGUAAAGAUAGGAGCAUUCUGCAUACACCCGAAGCACUUUCGGUUCCAGCUGACAGUGGACAGAAAGCACAUGAAGUGAAGGUUGAGGAGGCAGAUGAGAAAUUCUCUGGUAGCAUAUCUGCAUCUGUAGAUGGUGAGAAGGAAGAGCUAGGAGUUUCAGAGGGCAUCCAUGAGAAACCACCCCCGCCGUCCUACGAUGAUAUCAGUCGAGAUACAGCGGAAUGGCGCGAAUUGAGAAAAUGCGCAGAGAUGGUCAGUCUGAAUAGGGUGAGGGAUGCGAUGGGAUCAGGAAUGGAAGGUAUGAUGGGUCUGCUAAGGAUACUAAAGCGUAUACUGAAAGCUGCCGAUCCGGAACUAUCGAAAUUCUCAUCCAAGAUAUCCCCAGUACCUACAUUACCUUUCUUCGCUCUAUCUUGGGUCUUGACUUUAUUCUCACACGAUUGUGAUAGUCUACAACCAAUACAGAGAAUGUUCGAUUUCCUAUUGGCUAGAAAUCCAGUUUCGGCGGUGUAUCUAGCUGCUUCUAUCUUGAUACUGAAGAAACCACAAAUUCUCGAAAUCGCUCAUCAACUGGGAUCAGAAUAUGAAGAAGAUCCUACUCUACUACAUCCUUUAUUCGUCAGAUUACCACCCCUAUACGCUGAUACACCCUCUGAACCUGACCCUCCACCUACAUUGACCCCUUCACCCAAGACGAGCUAUGAUGAUUUCGAGGAAGAUUCCGCCAAUCCCUAUCGACCGAUCAGAUUGUCUGAAUUGUUUCAGCUGACUGAUACGCUCAUGGAGCAGUAUCCUUGGGACGGAGAUGUGAUAAGGGGAACAGAAAUAAUGGGAGAAGGAAGUGUAGUUAAUACGUACCACAAGGAACAGAUGGAGGAAGAAUGGAGUGCAGAAGAGAUGCUGAGAAUGAUCGAUGUUCAAGUAGUCAAACCUGGUGCAGGCGAUAUUUUAGACGAUGAAGAGCUGGAUGAAGAACCUGUAAAACAGAAGAGGAGGUUACCUGUAAGGAAACCUAGGAACAAGAUCAGUACGCUCUUGGCGUUUGGUGUGGUCGUUUUGGGAGUUGGAAUUGCCAUGUACGGGUUCAAAGCUGGAGGAAAUGAGGCUAGUUGGAAUAGGUGGUGGAGUAUGGUUAUCAGAGGAUGGAUAGGGAAAGAGGGGAGGAAUUUCGAGGGUAUGUUGGGAAGAGGGAUAGGUUGGGUCAAGAAGGCUGUGAGGGAUGUUAUGUAG